AUGAUUGCUUUGGUCCAUGAAAUCGACCAGGCCGGUAUUUGGUGUCGAGCCGGCAGCGAAAUUUUCGAACUGGAAGAGUCAGCUCAAUCCAGCAGUUUGGAUGCUGUGCUCCUGGACCUUGCGGCGGUGGGAAUCGGCGCCCAGGCGGUCGUUGAGCAGGUCUCUCAACUCCAAUUGCCCACUCUCCUGGUGCUCGACCACAGUGCGCUGGAACAAUACGACCCGCGAGAAUCGCGCAAAUGGUUUUUCGCCCGCAAUGGCCAUGCGGUGGAACAGUUGAUCCGCGUCGGAGAGCUUACCAUCGAUCUGCAGAGUUACGAAGUGAACAUGGGAGGACGCCGUGUCUCCCUCACUUACAAAGAGUUUCAGUUGCUGACACUACUGGCCUCCAAUCCAGGCCGUGUUUACACCAGGGAAGCGCUGCUCAAUCAGGUUUGGGGAUACGACUACCUCGGCGGAACCCGCACGGUUGACGUGCAUAUUCGUCGUCUCCGGUCCAAGAUCGAAGACCCGGAUCAUCUAUUCGUAGAGACCAUCUGGAACGUCGGUUACCGUUUCCGGGACAUGGACAACGCGGCCUGA